AUGACUGUGGCCAGUAUUACUAAAGCUAUCUCUGUAAUUUUCCCCGUACUGCAUCUUUUGAGUACAGUUGUUAGUUCUGCAUCAGACAGCAAGUCACAGAACGAACUAGUAGACAAUCUGAAAAAAAAUGGAAUUGUUACAUCACUGGACAUCGAAAGAGUGAUGCGAGAUGUUGAUCGCAAAUUUUUCGUCGCCUCAGGUCCAUAUGAAAAUCGUUCGCAUAGACUUUCACACGGUGGUAUAAUCAGUGCGCCAUAUGUGGAUGCAUAUGUCUUAGAAGGACUAAGACAGAAUCUUAAGGUACAUGCAAAAGUGUUAUGUAUUGGUUGCACUGGUGGAUAUCUUUUGGCAUGCACAGCGAUCCUGGUUGAAUCUAAAGGCUCCGUUACCGGAAUUGAAGUCAAUCAACAACUGACUACAAUAAAUGUAGAGAAUGUCAAUAAUUGGAUAGCUAAAAGCGAUAAAGCAAAAACUCUAGGCUUAAAACUCGAGGCGCCAUUUACCUUUUUAACUGGUAAAAAACCAGAACAUCAAGGAAUCGAUAAAAGUACCAUUGAAGCGUUAAAAAAACUUUUGAAAGUUGGCGGUCAUUUUGUUCAUAUGAGAAGAACUGCAGAAGGAGAUGUGGAAUUAGUUAAACUAAUUCGUUUGAAGGGUACUGAAUUCUAUGAAGUAAUUUUGGCUCGUCUUCCAUCGGAUGUGCCUACUAAAGAAGAGAAACCAACAGAAGAAGAACUUCCAACUGACUAUGACAUUCUCGAUUUCGACGAACUACUACUUGCAUCAAUUCAAAUAAAGCAUAUUCCAGAUAUUAAAGUAGUACUACUGUUACUAGUCUGCACUGUCACAAUCUCGUUCAUCAGAUUAUUUUAA